UCCUCGCCGAUGUAAACAGAAAAUAUUAUUUAUUUGAUGUUUAAUAUAUGAUAAGUUUUCCACAAAUUAGAUAAUGGAAAACCCAGAUUUGCUCGAAUUAGUUAUGCAUACUAACUUUCAAGGUAAUAAUACAUACUUCCAACAAAAGGACAAUUAAAUCUGUUUAUUUUUUACCGGCGACGACAAUUUCGGAAGGUAUAUAACGGCGAUCGGAUCGCUUUGAAAUGCAUUCAUUUCUUUCAAGUUAUACCAAAAUGUUCAACAAAUAUUUCCUGCUGUUCGCCGCGAUUUUCGUCGUCGCCUGCGCUUUGUCCGACCAAGAAGAAUUCGAUGCUUUCAAGGUGAAAUACAACAAGCAAUAUUCACCCCAAGAAGAAGCCCAACGUUUCAAAAAUUUCCAAGAAAAUUUACAACACAUCAGAGAUAACAACGCCAAGUACGAUAAUGGGGAAGUUUCUUUUAAAGAAGGCAUCAACCAAUUCAGCGAUUUAAGCCCUGAAGAAUUUUCCCAACACCACACAGGAUUAAAACAAUAAAAAACCGAGCCGCUUUUACGAAGACAAUUAAAUAUAAGAGGAAUUAAUUGCUAAAUACAUACCAAUGAAUUUCUUUACAUUAUCAAAAGUUUAAAUAAAAACGGAAUAAAAUUGAUACUAACCUUUA